CAUUUUGAAUUCACCUAAAUUUGACCUUCCGGUAGACCCGGAAGUAAAGGUCAAGCGAGUUUACGUACCGACGAAAAAUGUUAAGCACUUAAUGGUCUAUCUGAUUACAGAAUACCACCUUCAACGAUUAUUGAGUUCAAGAGUUAUAGGUGAAAGUAAUUGGUCACUCUUUCAGCUAAAAUCACUCGUAAUUUGACACCCGAUGAUGUCAUAAUGACGUCAGAGUAAUAUGCAUCACUUGGGUUGACGGUCAAUAUAUAUUGCAAGUUAGAAGUUCAUACCUUAAACCGUUUAGAAGUAAACCCGUGGAAACAUGCCAUACGAAAAUAAAAGAAAGAAAGAUUUAUCGUAACAACUCCAAAGAGUGGUGGGGUUGUGCCCGACCACUCAAUGAGGAACUCCCCACUGGGCAGUACUUGAAUACUGGUGGAAAACUGGAUGUCUUUGAAAUAAACAAUACAUGUAAGUUUAGAAUGGGAAAACUAAGUCAUUUUGUGGUUUCCUUGACUCUCAGGAAGGUGACUAUGAGUGAGUAAUAGUACAUUGUACCUGACAGCAAUGAUUAAGUCUAAACUUGGUUGUACCAAUCAUGAGAAUGCAAUGCUCAUGGUGACUAAAGUUGUGUGUGGGCAUUGCACUGAAUGUCAUAUGCUGAGAAAUGCAUUUGGUAGAAUUAAUCGUUAUACAGGAGUGAUCAUUAGAAAGUUCAAAAGGAACAUUAUUAAAGUGUGAUAAAUACCUAAAAAUUAAAAAGAAUUGAUAAUGGUAAGGACUGGCAAUCUGAAAAUGCUAUACACUCUUAAAGAAACCACCUUUAAUCCAUCAUGUUCAUAUUUAUCUACCCUAAACUCGGUAACAUCUUAUCUGUUCUGCCCUUUACAAAAGAAAAAUUUCUCUUCUGGACUUCUGGUUGACAGCAUAGUAUUACAAAAUAAGUUUUGAGAGAGCACUUAUAGAUAGGAGCAUUUAAAACUAAAGUACAACUUUCAGUGUAAUCAGCCAAUUCAGUUUUGAGGUUAUAUUCAUUUAUUUAUAUGUAGUUGUUUCGGCACCUUGAAAUGAGCUAACAAUUUUGAAAAUGUAGGCCUACAGGUACAUUAAUUUUAAAAAAACGGGCUGCCUUAACUCCUUUAAAUUUGCAAUAAUACCACUUUAAGGUAAGAAAUAAGUUUGGUAACCAUCAUUUUCGGAUUCAGCACCCCCCAAUUAGGUUCAACAAUAACUACAAAUUUAUGUUACCAACUUCUGUACAAAAAGAACCAGUUGAUCGUGAAAGCAAUACAUUGUAUUUAGAAAACUUGUAAUUUUUUUCACAAAUGUGACCAGCCACCUUUGGUGGACAGGUUGUUAAGUUUAGUUUUUCUCUUGGAAGGGCACAACCUAUCUCUCCCCCCCCCCUUGUCUUAAGUGCGCAAUGGAAUGUAGUGACGUCUGGCAGCUUAUGCCCCAGGGCAAUUCCCAUAGCUGACUAGGGCCUACACGUACACCCAAGACCACAGUGUAGAUAUAGGAUCACUUUGCCACUCACUUUCCCACUGAACACUGUUCCUUGAAGACCUACUGCAGAUCCAGACACCAAACCUGUUUAGCUUUUGUUCCAGUACAUAGCAUCUUAUUGACCUACAUGUAUUGAUCACAUAGGCUUCGCUUACUGCGGACUAAGUCUGAAGGGCGGGCAGAUACAACUGAGCCGUGUCUUCUGGAGACGACAAGCGCACUGAAGUUCCCUCUGUAAAGACUGAUAGCUGCUGAAGUUGAUGCAAUUUUUAGUAUGCCGUCAAGAUACGCACUUCAAAACUUAGGACAAAAAGUUUGAUGUGAUCUUUCUUUAACAAAGCCUUUUGAUCAAGUUCUGGGCUGAAUCAGCACCAGAGGAGACCCACUUGUGGGAAACCAUUUGCUUCUGAUGCCUAUAAUAAAGCCUUUUCUGACUGAAGAAAUCUACAAACAUGUUGCUCUCCAGUAAGAAACCACAUGUUUGUGGUAAAGCCUUUGCACAGAAUGGUAGCCUACAGCAACAUGACAGGGUGCACGAGAAGCCAUUCAUUUGCGAGAUCUGUGGCGAGGCCUUUGCUGAGAAAAGAAGUCUACGCAAACAUGACAGGGUGCACACUGACGAGAAACCAUAUGUUUGUGAGACUUGUGGAAAAGCCUUUACACGAAAAUAUAGCCUACACAAUCAUGCAAGAAUGCACACGGGUGAGAAACUAUUUGUUUGUGAAACAUGUGGUAAAGCUUACACAUGCCAUAGAUAUCUGCGCAUACAUGACAGGGUGCACACUGGUGAGAAACCAUUUGUUUGUGAGACCUGUGGUGAAGCCUUUAGUCAGAAAUGUAUUCUACGCCAACAUGACAAGGUGCACACUGGUGAGAAACCAUAUGUUUGUGAGACCUGUGGAAAAGCCUUUACACAGAAAGGUAGCCUACACAGUCAUGCGAGAGUACACACGGGUGAGAAACCAUUUGUUUGUGAAACCUGUGGUAAAGUCUUUAGUAAGAAAAGUGCUCUGAGCGAACAUGACAUGGUACACUCUGGUGAGAAACCAUUUGUUUGUGAGAUUUGUGGUAAAACCUUUACACGUCAAAGUUAUUUACGCACACAUGAAAAGGUGCACACUGGUGAGAAACCAUUUGUUUGUGAGACCUGUGGUAAAACCUUUACACUGAAAUGUAGUCUACGCCAACAUGACAAGGUGCACACUGGUGAGAAACCAUAUGUUUGUGAGACCUGUGGAAAAGCCUUUACACAGAAAAGUAGCCUACACAAUCAUGCGAGAGUACACACGGGUGAGAAACCAUUUGUUUGUGAGACCUGUGGUAAAGCCUUUAGUUCGAAAAGUAAUCUGCGCCAACAUGACAUGGUACACUCCGGUGAGAAACCAUUUGUUUGUGAGAUCUGUCGUAAAGCCUUUUCUACACGAUGUAUUUUAAACAGACAUAACAGUGUGCACACUGGUGAGAAGCCAUUCGUUUGUGAGACCUGUGGAAAAGCUUUUACUCAGCAGGGUGAUCUUCAAGCACAUACCAUUGUACACACUGGUGAGAAACCAUUUGUUUGUGAGAAUUGUGGUAAAGCCUAUACUGACAAAAGAACUCUACGCAAGCAUAAUAGGGUCCACACUGGCGAGAAACCAUUUGUUUGUGAGACGUGUGGUGAAGCCUUUACUGACAAAAGUAGUCUACGCAGACAUGACAGGGUGCACACAGGUGAGAAACCAUUUGUUUGUGAGAUCUGGUACUGCGGUAAAGCCUUCACUGAUAAACGCAAUCUACGCAGACAUGACAGGGUGCACACGGGUGAGAAACCGUACGUUUGUGAGACCUGUGGUGAAUCCUUUAAUAAGAAAUGUAGUCUUCUGUUACAUGACAGAGUGCACACAGUUGAGGAUACCACUUGUUUAAGGCCCCCUUCACACAGGGCUGAGACAUUUGUACCACUUAUGAGCGACCAAACAAUUGCCAGGACGCUCAGUGAUCGCCUAAACCAAGAAAAUCCUGUUUCUAUGUAACUGCUCCAGCAAUCCUUGUGUGCCUCCCUUGAACCACCAAAACUGCAAUUUUUGGGAUUUCAUGUCGAGCUACGAGCAACCUGUGCGUCCACUGAGCCACUUGCCUGCCUCCCCUGUGCUUCCCUUGUGCAACCUACGGCAACCAACGUGAUUAUAGGCAACAUAGGCGACCCCUGAGCAAUGUUUGGGCAACCAUUGAGCCUCCUCUGUGCCUCAUCGACAACCAACGGCAACUAACGGCGAUCACUGGUGGACCAUUCAGCCUUGCUUCUCCCUCCUAGACGACCCUUGAGGCACAAGGGAGGCAGAAGCAUCGCCCAGAUUGACGGUAAAAUUUGCAAUAGAACGGAUCUAUGACGUGGCGACCAUUGGCCGACCAUUAGUGCAUCCAUUCUGCAACCAUGGCAAUGCUUGUGCCUCCCUUCUGCCUCAUUGAGCCACCUUUGAGCAACCAACCUCCUCGGCGACCUUUGUGCGACUGUUUUGAA